AUGUCGAGCAGUCAGCACUGGACUCCGUUGGUGGUAGCGUUCGUCGCAACGGUAGCCAUGGCGUUGCAGGUCAGUGGCGGGUUUCACUCCAGCUUUGUGCGUGUCACCGCUAAAACGGGGGAGAUCCUGUCGAUGGUGGACUCGAAUGCGCAAGAGGCAGUGACGGCAACGUCCAUUGGCGUUAUGGGGGACGGCAGCGACGACUUUUACCGCGUCGGCAAUGAUCGUCGGUGGAUCUUCAGUCGGGUAUUUCUGUCGAUCGCCAUGCUGUGUGGCGGAGUCGCCCUCGUCGUGGCCUGGGCCAUAAGUAUCGCUGUGCCGCCGACGAAACGUCUUUGGCAGAUCGUUUCGAUUGCGUCGGCACUGGCGGCAGUCACGCAGGUGCCCGUCUUUCUCAUCUUUGCAGCGUUCCCCUGUACCGACUACGAAAAACAACAGACCUGUCAGAUCUCCACCGGGGCCGUCCUCUUUAUGGCUGGACUCAUUAUAUGGCUCGCCGUCACGGUCCUCACGCAAUUCCUUGAUCCUCCCCUUGGCGUCCCCACCCUGGACCACUGGCGUACGCAGCCCAAGUCGCACCAAUCCGCGUCGCAGGGAUCCCGAACGCGUGGUGCAGUCACCGUAUGGGACCGCCUCCGUGCCGGCUCAAGACGGACGGAAGAUCGGCGCCCCAUUCUUCCCAUCAACGUUACGGAGUCGAUCUCGGACCUAGUCGAAGAAGCCGUCCACUCCUCCUUUGCCGACGACGGACCUCUACCCUUUCAGCGGAGUGUACGCAGCGAAACCCCCAACGACGCCUAUAGUCACCAAGCGUCCACCCGCAACGUACGAUCGGACGAAUUGCCCGACGAAGAGCAAGCUCCCGUUCAAGGGAUUUCGCUCGACCACGCAUCGGCGGUUGCCGACGCCUCCUUGUCGCUGCCGGUGACGAAAAUUACUCCCGAUGAAUCCAUACUCGACCACGACUCGCUCCAUUCGAUGCUCGACAACGACACGGAGCUUCACGAUGCCAAGCAGGCCCUCCCAGUAUUCGCGGUGGAUACGGGGAAUCUCCCGACGGCCUCUGAGUCGAUCUAUAAGUUGGAAGUCAACGGGAAACGCUGUCAAACCUCUACAGCAACCGGAAUUCUCGGAUUCGCACACAAACGCCGUGUGAAGCGGACACGGGCGGUCAAAGGCUACGACGUGCUCGAGGACGACGGUGGGGACGACGACAACAACGAAGGUCACUUGAUCGGAAGCUCCCAGCUUAACUCGUGUCCUCCCUCGGAGAUUGUCACCAUUCAAAUGCAACCGAGCCUGGAUGAAACGGCGGACGAUGACUCCCACUGGAUUGAUGUGCACGAUACCAAUGGUAAAGGGCUUUUGAAUGUCUGGAACAUGCUACACGAUCUCCAGGCGUCGGAACCGAUCGAAUAUUCCGCUGCGGAAGAAACGAUUGACUUUUUGUCCGAAGGUACUACCUCUGUGGAAAAGCCAUUGCUCCGCGAAAUAGCUACAAACGUGGACGACAAGGGAUUCCUCAUCUUCGAAUCCUCGGCGGAAUUCAGUCCGCCACCAGAGAACUCAGUCGGAACUCGACGCAGAAGUCGGCGUCGACGUAGUCGAGGUCCCCAUUCGGUCUGUUCAUCCCCGUCGCUUCUUCACGUCACGAUUGAGGAAGAAACGGCAGAAGAUUUGGAAGAACACUGUCUCGACAGUGAUGACGAUCCGAAACAUGACAAGCCUUUACCACUGCUGACCAGAACCAGGUCGGCGCCAAACCUUCUAGCGAGCUACAUUAGGUCCAAAAAUCGGAGCAACGUUGCCGAAGAUUUGCACAUGACGGGGAUCCAUUCUUUUCAUCGCGUCGAAAACUACCGUUCCGAAUACUCAAAAGCUAAUUCUCUUACGGACGCCUCAAAGCGUGACUGCGACUCGCAUUGUAAGGAAAACUCGCGCGCAGCCGUGCCGGUGGUAUCUCCCCGACUAGAGCCGAAGCAAUCAGUUUGGAGAGACGAACGGCACAUGCGUCGAGGAAUCCACGAAACCGAAACCAUCGUGUCGACCGACUCCAGCGAUCAUCAUAGCCUUAUGUCCUCUCCCUCGCCCACCUCACGGCGAGCCUCCCGCAUUCGGCGUCUCCAGCAAGUUCAAAUUGAUGACAAGCAGUCGCUACGUCGUCGAUCGAGAACACUUGAUCCUCCCAAGAAGCGCAACUCUCGGCGGAUUACUCCUGUUCGAUCCUCCACUCAAUCCGUGGUGAGCGAUCCCGGAAGUCCCAAUUGCAGAAGUCGGUGUCCGGUUUCACCAAACGCGGACCAAGACACAGCCGCGACCUCGGAACAGACGAGAACCAGAUCCACAGGGCGCGUGUCGCCGGAUUUAAGCUUCAUUACGACGCCGAGUCAGCAAUCCCUUUCGAACCAUAGCCAUAUAUCGUACGCGGAUAGUGGGCUGGUAGACACCCUGAAUUUGUCUUUGGCCGAACUACACCGUCCGUACGAUAACGAAUGCAGCCCUGAAGAGGGCUCUGUUUAGGCCUUGAGUGUUCAUCAGGAAAACGAGUUGUGCUUCUUUAACAAACUGUUCAUUAAAAAGAACUAAGAUUUUAUAUUAACU